CAACCGGCAGUCGCGGGUGAAUGAUGGAAAGGGUGACUGGCUCAACCGGUGACCUUCCCGGCGGAGACAAAAAGGGCGAGAGGCGCUCCCGUGUUCUCCACACGUUUCUUCCGAACUCUGGGUUCCUGCCUGUCCGGGAAAAGGGGAAUUGAGGGAGAAAUAGUUUGCGUCCAAAAUCUACUCAAAAGCUUCGUCUCUCGAGGCUGCUCAUUGUCGAAAUGGAACUCUUCUUCAGUGGUUUUACCAGUGAAUCGUCAGCAUCUGAGAAUUUGUUUGCCCAUCCGGACAUCCAAAAGUGCCCAUUUUUGAGAAACAUCAAUGCACCCACCAAGUUUUCAUUCUCUUCAUCUGUCAAUUUUCCUGCUCCUGUAAGAGGAGCCAAGGGUCCAAUCUUUGAAGAUGGACCCAACUUUGAUAUGGCAUUCAGGCUUUUCCAUGGACGUGAUGGAGUUGUCCCACUUUCAGGAAAAUCAUACAUGCAUGAUGAAAAUGUGGAACCUGAGCCUGCACCACAGUUUAACCCAUUAGCGGCCAAGGCAGCUACUAUCAGCCUCUCAGCUUUUGGACUUGGAGGACCCUUUGGCUUUGAUUUCUUCUCAAACAAGUGGAAGAAACAGAAGAACAGAUCCUCCAAGAAUGAUCCUUCACAGAAAGGAGGAGAUUCCUCACAUGAAGCACUCAGCAAUGAGUGGCUGGAAACUGGGCAGUGCCCUAUUGCAAAGUCCUACAGGGCAGUGAGCCGUGUCCUACCUCUUGUUGCAAAGGCCCUACAGCCACCACCAGGUGUGAAACUAAGGUGUCCACCUGCUGUGGUGGCUGCUCGAGCAGCACUAGCCCGAACAGCCCUCGUGAAGAACCUCCGCCCCCAGCCCUUGCCUGCUAAGAUGCUAGCGAUUGCCUUGCUAGGCAUGGCAGCCAAUGUUCCCCUUGGGAUAUGGCGAGAGCACACAUUAAAAUUCUCCCCACAAUGGUUUGCAGCUAUCCAUGCUGCUGUUCCAUUCAUUGCAAUGCUGAGGAAGUCCGUGCUUAUGCCAAAGACUGCAAUGGCAUUCACUAUAGCAGCCUCUAUUUUAGGUCAGACCAUUGGUUCAAGGGCUGAACGUUACCGGCUGAAGGCAGUGGCUGCGGCAAGGGUCUCUGGAAGUCCUACUAGCAAGGAAGCUUUUAGUCUGAAAAAGAGUGGGCAGUGCAGUGAGGGUGAGGGAAGAGUCUGGGAUCCACUUCCGCUCAAGGUGGCAGGUUCCGGCUCAUCUUCAGCUACUGCACCGACUGCAAGUGUGUGCGGCUGAUAAUGGUAAACAAUAUUUGUUUAUGACCAUUAAAACUAUCGUUGUUGUUAUUCGUGCUAUAAAAGACAACAUGGAUGCUUGCAUCAGUAUAUUUGAGAAAUCCUCAGAGAAAGGAGGUGAGAAUAAGAAUAAAGAGCAGUUGGAAUUGUUUGCAGCUGAUGCUGUAAACUAGAAUUGCGUGAUAUUAUAUUCUAGAUAUUACUGGAUCUCGGGCUGUAGUGUGAUGUAUGGAACAAUGCAUUCAAAGAUGCUUAUCCUUUGGCCUUUGGCUGCAUUAUGGAGUAAAGGUAGACAGUUGUGACUGAUUGGCCCUUGUGGAGUUGGUGGGUGGUGUCUUGACUUGAUUCUGUUCACUGCUUUAUUUUGUGGUGGUGGACCAAGUCUUAACAAAUAAAGUCACACCAGCCACCCUCUAAGAGUAAAAGAAGUUGAUGAGAGUGUGUGAACCAAAGAGUCCCACAAAGAUGGGUGGAACAAACCCUUGCCAAAAAGUCUUCAUUUUAUAUUCUCACUA